AGGUCGUAUCCCCACAACUACGAACGAUUCAGAUUUGCUUCUCUUAUGCGUACAUUUCCAUAGCGGAGGACCCAUAUUAUACUUAUACUCUCUUUUCUAUCCACUUGGCUGCUAAUGUCCUAGGUAGAUGUCAUACACCAAAUCACAACGAUGAUGGACACUGAUACUGCCUCGAUUCCGGAGACUCUCUUCCGACCGGUGAAGAAAAGAAAGUUCUUGCGACGUCGUCCUGAGGACACGCUAGACGACUUUCGCAUUGAAAAUCGAAGGGAUGACCGUGACCCAAACCCCACCACCCCUCAGUCCCAAGCAGACAAUGAUACCGUGCACCCUACUGAUCUUGUUCGUCUGCGGCGUCUUCAUCGCUUUCGCAAGGGUGGCAUUGAAUUUUCUACAACCUCACGACAGUCGGCAGACAAUGAUAAGCGAGCUGCUGUAUCUACGGAAUCAGUAGAAGAUCUCGAGGCGCAGAGAAUCCAAGCUAUGUGUGACCGAUUUACAGCACAUACUGGACAGACGGUGGAUGUUGACAAACAUAUGAUGGCUUAUAUAGAGACCGAAAUGGCUAAGCGACACCGGCACAGUUUCCCGGCAGAUGAUCCAGAUCGUUCUUUGGUGGGCGAAACUGGUGCUGCCCGGCCCGCAACCGACCCUCCUCAACGUGAACCAGCGUCUUUAGGUAAACUACACGAGAUCGAUCUUGGCCAGGAGACCAAGCUACAGAAUAUCGCACGUACAGAGGCAGCGACAAGAAAGUUAGCAGGAGACGAUGAAUAUGAGCAUCUCAAACAUGACGACUCUCUCUUCAAAGCAGCCCCUGUGGGAAAGGACGAGAGACUAUGGCGUCGUCAGAAACGACGAACCAGUGAAGAUAUUGAAAGAGACAGACUCGUCGAAGAAGUUCUGCGCGAAAGCAAACUGGAUGUAUACGAGGAACCAGAAUAUGAAGCAGCGGCAGGAGGAGACGACCAAGCUGCUGAUGACAGAGUCGCCGAACAGUUCCGAAGAGACUUCCUUGAUGCCAUUCAGUCACGUCGUCGGGUGACGCGAGUGAAAAAUCCCAAGACCGCGAAAACUGAGGCACCGCGGGGUCCCAAGCUGGGAGGCAGCCGGAGUGCUAGAGCUGCAAUGCGGGAAAUGCAAGAGAAGCAAGGACGUAAAUGAAUGUCCAUUACAGCCUCCCUGCCCUACUCAUUUGAAUCUUUGGUAGCCUCAUUCUUAUUGCGACAUCUUGUCGUCUGUAGCGCCAGCUUACACCCUGGAUAUAUUCCAGCAUAAUUGAUAUUCUGGGCGAGAUCAAAUCGGUGGGUUCUCCUUGUGUCUCAUUCGAACAGAGACAUCACCGUUCUUAUCUUUGUUUGGCGUAUUUCUAUUCCACAUAUACAAAUAGGUGUAUGGAGUUGUUGAAUUACCGCCAUUGCUCUGUAUCUCAGGUAUUUCU